AUUGUCCACGUUAGAGCCGGUGUUGUACGCGAUCGGGUUGUAUUACCUUGUGAUUUUUGGCGGUAGAGCGGUCAUCCGCACUCUCGGGAUCCCACCAUUGGUACUCAACGGGCUUUUCCAGUUGCACAACUUGUUUCUUACGUCAGUGUCGCUCACAUUGGUGGUGUUGAUGAUAGAGCAGUUGGUACCAAUGAUCUACCACCACGGCCUCUACUACGCCAUCUGUCACCCAGAUGCCUGGACGCCGCAGAUGGUCACGCUCUACUACAUGAACUACAUCACCAAGUUCCUCGAGUUCAUCGACACCGUGUUCCUCGUGGUCAAGCAGAAACGCCUUACGUUCCUCCACACCUACCACCACGGCGCCACCGCCCUCUUGUGCUACACUCAGCUUAUCGGGAUCACCUCCAUCUCGUGGGUGCCGAUCGUGUUGAACCUCGCGGUGCACGUCGUCAUGUACUGGUACUACUUUUUGGCCGCCAGAGGUAUCCGCGUGUGGUGGAAGGAGUGGGUCACCCGCUUCCAGAUCAUGCAGUUUAUCUUGGAUUUAGGAUUCGUUUAUUUUGCCACCUACCAGAAGAUUGCCACCGAGUUUUUGCCAUCAUUGCCGCACUGUGGUGACUGUGCGGGCACCAUGAUCGCCGCUUACUCUGGCUGUGCUAUUUUGUCCUCCUACCUUGUUUUGUUCAUUGCUUUCUACAUCGACGUGUACAGAAAGAAGGGAACCACCAGAUCGAAGAGAGUGCAGUCGAUUUCCGGUGGGGUUGCCGCCAAGGUGAACGAAUAUGUGAAGACCGAGUCUUCGGGUGCGAAGAAGUACGAGGGGGUGGCUACUCGUCGUAAGAACUAAUCCAGGGAGAAAGCUCCCCCUGAGUGUCGAGAGAUUUACCUCAGUCAUGACUAUUUCUAUGCUCGUUAGCCCUUCCGUUGACCUGCAACCAUAAUCAUCCUCACAUACAUAGUUGCGAUUCCGACGCCGCUAUUGCAACCCUCUGGGGCUGUCUUCAAAAAGAACCCUUUUUGGACCUCAUCUUUUUUUCCAUAUAUUCUUUCGUAGACCCUAAAUAUAAUGCCCUCGUG